AGUCUGAGGAUAUAAAAACCUCUUUCCUAGCCUCCUUAGGUGGAAGAGGAGGAGAACAAAAGAUGAGAGAGAUGAAGCUGUUCCUGCCCCUCACAGGGUUCCUGAUUGCCUUGAUCCUGCCCCCAUUGUUGGUGGGCACCUCCCCUGCCAACCGUGGGGAGGUGGAUGACUCUGUGGUACUGGGCAGUAUGGAGGAGGCCAAGAAACUGGUGGACAAAGCCUAUAAAGAGAGGCGAGAAAGAAUUAAGCAGAAGAUGAGGAGUGGGACAGCAAGUGCCAGAGACCUCAUGUCCUUUAUCAAGCAGCCAAUGGCAGGGACCCGGACGGCUGCUAGAGCUGCUGAUUACCUGCACAUAGCCUUGAAUCUGCUGGAGAAGAAGUUUCGCCCAUGGCAUAGGGGACCCUUCAACAUCACUGAUGUGCUGACCCCUCCCCAACUGGAGCUCCUGUCCAAAGCCAGCGGCUGUGCCUACCAGAAUGUAGGAGUAAAGUGUGAUGACAAGGACCAGUACCGUACCAUUACAGGACAAUGCAACAACAGGAGGAGACCUACCUUAGGAGCAUCUAACAGGGCCUUUGUACGCUGGUUGCCUGCUGAGUAUGAGGAUGGAGUCUCUCUCCCCUUUGGCUGGACAAACGGGGCAAAGAGAAAUGGUUUCCCUGUUCCUCUGGCCCGAGAAGUCUCCAACCAAAUCGUCCGUUUCCCCAAUGAGAGGCUGACACAAGACCAGGAGAGAGCUCUCAUGUUUAUGCAGUGGGGCCAGUUCAUUGACCAUGACUUGGACCUUACCCCUGAGCCUGUCCUGACCGAGAACUGUGAGCACACCUGUGAACAGCAGCCAUCCUGCUUCCCCCUCAAGAUCCCACCCAAUGACCCACGGAUCAGCAACAGGAAUGACUGCAUCCCCUUCUUUCGUUCCUGCCCAGCCUGUACAGAGGGCAACAUCACCAUCCGCAACCAGAUCAACGCACUCACUUCCUUCCUGGAUGCCAGCAUGGUGUACGGCAGUGAGGACCCCCUAGCUCGUCAUCUCCGGAACAAUUCCAAUCAGCUAGGACUGUUGGCUGUGAACUCUCAGUUCAAGGAUAACGGGCGGGCCCUCCUGCCCUUCGACAACCUCCAUGACGACCCUUGUCUGCUCACCAACCGCUCUGCUCGAAUCCGAUGUUUCUUGGCAGGAGACAGCAGGUCCAGUGAGAUGCCUGAGCUGACAUCUAUGCAUACCCUCUUUCUUCGGGAGCACAACCGGUUGGCUGAAUUGCUGAAGCGUAUGAAUGCCCAAUGGGAUGGAGAGAAGCUGUACCAGGAAGCCCGGAAAAUUGUUGGGGCUCUUAUCCAAAUCAUCACUUACCGAGACUACCUGCCCCUGGUGCUGGGGCCAGCUGCAAUGAGGAAGUAUUUGCCUAAUUACCGGGGCUACAAUGAUUCAGUGGAUCCACGCAUUGCCAAUGUCUUCACCAAUGCUUUCCGCUACGGUCACACCCUCAUCCAGCCCUUCAUGUUCCGCCUGGAUGCUCAGUACCGCCCUACUGGGCCCAACCCUAUGGUCCCACUUAGUGAAGUCUUCUUUGCCAGCUGGAGGGUUGUGAAUGAAGGCGGCAUCGAUCCGAUCCUCCGAGGCCUCAUGGCCAACUCAGCCAAACUGAACCGACAGGAUCAAAUUGUGGUAGAAGAAAUCCGAGAUAAGUUAUUUAAACAGGUCAUGAGGAUUGGACUGGACUUACCUGCUCUCAACAUGCAGCGUAGCAGGGACCACGGCCUCCCGGGGUAUAAUGCCUGGAGACGUUUUUGUGGGCUCCCUCAACCCAAAACAGAAGGUGAACUUACCACAGUGAUGAAGAACCAAGAAAUAGCCAAGAAACUGAUGACUCAGUAUCAUUCCGCUGACAACAUCGACAUCUGGAUGGGCGGCGUGGCAGAACCCCUAGAGCCCAACGGCAGGGUGGGGCCCCUCCUGGCCUGUCUCAUUGGGACCCAGUUCAGAAAACUCCGAGAUGGAGACCGGUUUUAUUGGGAGAGUGCUGGGGUAUUCACCUCCCAGCAGCGCCAGGCUUUGGCCACUAUUAGCCUGUCCCGCAUCAUCUGUGACAACACAGGCAUCACCUUGGUGCCUAAGGAUAUCUUCAAGGCUAACAAAUAUCCCAAAGAUUUUGUCAACUGCAACACGAUUCCGCGGAUGGACCUGUCAGCAUGGAGAAGCAAGACAGAGUUAGUCGGGAAUCUGUCCUCAGCCUCCUCCCCUUAGGAACUAAGGAAGUCUAAGAGAAGAAUCUCCAUCCCUAGCUGAAAUUGUCAGGCUUCAGAUCCCAAUUGGGCUAAAGGCCCCAGGCCCUGAGGCCAGAGAAGGAUUUGGCAGUGGCUUCCCUGGCCAUUGGGAAGAGAAGUUGUUUUCCUCCUUUGACCUGAAUGGCCAGGCUGAAAUUAUUCUAGGCUUGCAGCUGCCCAGGAGGCAAUUCCUCCUCUUAGACCAGGAAACAAGGGUCCCUGUCAGGGAAGGGAACCUGGGCCAGCAUGACUGAGAUACACCAUCUGCUUCUGCCUGUCAAUAAAGUAUUUUUGAGAAGAGG